UUACUAUAGCGAAGUAUAAGAUGUCGCGAUUGUACUCAAUAUUUUCUAUCGUUAAUAAUUAUUAGAAUUUAUUAAAAAGUAGAAUUUGAAUUUGUUGCGGUUUGUUUUAUCUCAAGUUAAAUUAAAAUGACGUUAAUUUUAAAUUAAUUUCGUAGUGCUGCGAUUUGUGGUCAUCGCAUAUAGUUGAAAUAGUUAGUUACUGAAGUUCUCUGCGGAUGAGUGGGGAAAAUACUGUUCUGAAUCCAUGAUUCCUUUCGAAAUACUUUUUUUGAAACUCUGGUCUUUGAUCUUUUCGCUACGCGUGAUUGUGCUCUCAAUUGUUCGUUAUAGAGUCUCUUUCGUUUUCUCUUUUAUUUCUACCUUCUUUACACCUACUCUGGAUCCAUAACUCGAUGGGAUUAAUCAAUCAAGUAUAUAGGUGUAAAAGAAAAAGUAUAUAUGUAUUUAGUAUAUUGAAAUAAUAAUACAAUUAUUAUUAUACACGUAUUAUAUACACAAACCAAGUUACUACAUGUUCUUUGAACUGGACACACUCUGAGAUCACGCUCUAUUCCCUAGUUCACUCUCCCCUUUUUGGUUAACAUAUGUCUUAUAUUACAUUAGUUAGUUCGGAUUCCAACAAAUGCAUGCCUAUCUCAACCAAAGAAUCUCGCUGCUAGUAGAUCUGAUUAGGACACAGAGCUUUUUUGAGAAUAUAAAGUCGAAUUUACACUCUUCCUUUAAAGUGAAAUAUUGUAGAUUCAGUUUGACAAAUGAAGAUCUUUCUAUAGCUAUAUAUAUGUGUAUUGAAUCAUUGAGUACUGUAGCUAUAUACUUAUGUAUGCAUUGACUUUAUUGCUUUCGAUGAUCUCGAUUAUCCAGUUGAAUAUUAAUUCCUAUGUUGGCCUCAAUAAAUCGCAGAGGGCGUAAGAAAUGCUGAUUUUUCCAAAUUAGAUAAUAAAAAAUAAAAUAAAAAGCAUUAGUCGAUAUAUUAGUUAACCAUAUAAGAUCUAUGUCUUCCUUCGUUUAUGGUUGUUCACAUAUAGCGUGAGAUGGAAUAUUUCAGAGAAGAUGAUGGUAAUCGGAAAUACAACAGAAUAGCCAGUUAUCUGAUAAAAUUUGUGAGAUAAUGGAACAUAUUUUUAUUAUUUAAAAUCCUGAACGUUGAUUAUAUUUGAGACAUAAUCCUACUCUUUUUCUCUUAAUUACAUCAGUAUGUCAGGAACAAAGGAUGAUGGUAAUAAGAACGAUAACCUAAAAAGACAAGGUUCAUUCAGGAAACUAUUACCUUUGAAUACAAAUGGAGAUUCUCAAUUGAGCAUGUCUGUGAAAAUGAUUGAUAGGCCAACUGUGUCACAAACUAACAAAGAAUAUACCGUAUACUUACAGGAAUACAAUAUUUUAUCAGAAUAUAAUAUGCUAUGUGCGCAAGAUCUGAAGGGUAUUUAUGUCAUACCAUCUGCCCAAAAUUCCUUAUUAUGGUUUGGAGUACAAUUUGUGCGGCAAGGAAUAUAUCAAGGAGGAAUCUUCAGAUUUAAUAUUACGCUACCACAAAAUUUUCCAGAUGGGGGAUGUCCUAAAGUCACAUUUCAAACUCCAGUUUUUCAUCCUUUGAUCGAUUCUGAAUCUGGAGAACUAUAUACAUCAUGGGGGUUUCCUGAAUGGAGAAAAAGUAAUCGAAUUUGGCAAUUGGUACAAUUUAUAACAAAAAUCUUCACAAAAGUAGAUAUUAAAAUGAAUUCUGUAAAUCAUGAAGCGUCUAAUUUAUUAGAGAAUAAUUUCGAAACAUUUCGAGAUCGCGUAAGAAAAUGUGUGAGAGAAAGCUUAAACAAAGUCUAUAGUUCACCUGUGGUGGAUGAUCCUCACUAUAUUACUUUUAGUCCAUAUGUCGAUGAGCUUCAUAAUUCCAUUAAGAGAGAAAUCUAUGAACCUAAGAUACAGGAAGAGGAAGAAAAUAAAGCAGUUGGAUUAUCAUGGGUACAACCAGGAUCAUUACAACCAUUCUCUAAACCCGAAGCAAGAUAAUAAGUAAUUAUACUGUAUACAAAAUGUAAUAACAAAGCUAAAAGCUGCAGUCCUUAGGAGAUAAGAGAAUUGUAAAUUUUAAUGUAUUUUUAUAGUAGCAAAAAUGAAAAUUAUUUUUUACUUAUGUUCAACAUGUAUGUAUAAAAUUGUUGUAAUAAUCGUUUAUAAUACUCUUAUAUUUGACUGAAGUAAGAAUAUACAAUUGUUGAUUUAUUAUUAAAUGUAGUGCUAAUAUUUCUUAAAAUAAACAUUUAAACGGA